AGGAAGGUGGCAAGCAAGAAUAUGAAAGAAAAAAUAUUGAAUAUCAAAAACGUUGGGAGGCUCUUUCCAGUGAAGAAAAAUUAGUCGAAGUAAAAAAAGAAUAUCGUCAUGGUGAAAAUAUUACUGAAAUCGCUGCUCGUUCGGAAAUACCGCCAAUGCCAACUGGCAAUGAUAACAACUUUUCUAGUUCGGCAAGUGAAAAUGGUUCUAAAAGCAACGAACGGCAAGGAAAAGAUGAGGACAAUUCAAAAAACUAUCAGAAGCAAGACCAUAGUCAAUCAGAAAAAAAUUUGCUAGGAAUUAACUCUACUGGCUUAAUCAUUGGUGGAAUUGUGGUUAUUUCUUUUGCCUUAUUCGCUACUUUUUUAUUUACUGAAAAAGAAAAACAAGACUUAGAAAAAUACAAGAUUAGGGAAGUAGAACAUCCUAAUAAUAAUAUAAUGUUUUCAUUUUCGCGUGGCAGUGGUGCUUGUUUUCGAAAGGAAUGUAUUGGUCAUCAUCCACAACAAUUAGGAGUUUUUUGUUCGAAAGACUGCCACGAUGAGCAACUAGGGGGUGCUAAUUUGGAAGAAAAGGAUAUUUAUCGGGAUGAAUCUAAAAAGUUCCGAAAAUGGCUUCGAGAGAAGUAUGGCGAGGAGGAAUUUGCUUGCGAUAAAAUGGCCGCACCAGGGGAAAAAUAUUGUUUUUAUUGCGAACAUGAGAGAAGCGGAGAAAAAUGA